AUCAACACUGAACUCUUGGCUGCCGUCCCUGGGAAGAGCAGCUCCUUGAGUUUUCAACCCAGCAGUCAUUCCUGAAACCGAAAACACCAGCUGAUCCUUCAGUUGAAUGAUGUGGUGGAUUCUGCUUUUCUUAGAAUGGCUUGUGGAUUGGGCUCGUGGAACUUAUUGGUAUCUGUUUGGUAGAAGAAGUGGAUUGUGCAAUGGGACCAUCAGUCCUCCAGGCCCACUAGUUGUAGACCAAAACAAAAAGGACAGAUUUCUUCGGAAAGAGUUUGAUGAAUUUGAGGUACCCAAAAACUUGGACGUCAUUGUGAUUGGCAGUGGUAUCGGAGGUUUGACAGCGGCUGCAAUUUUAGCCAAACUAGGAAAGAACGUACUGGUGCUGGAGCAAGAUAAACAGGCAGGAGGCCUAUGUAAGACCUUCACUGAGAAGGGCUUUGAGUUUGACUGUGGCUUCCAUUAUAUUGGACAACUUCAUGAAAACGGCUUCCUGAAAGUUGCAUUGGAUCUGAUUACUGAUGGCCAGGUGCAUUUUGCUGAGCAGGGUUCCCAUGUGGACACUGUUGUUAUUGGUACAGGAACCCAGCGUAAAGAAUACACUAUUUACAAUGGCAAGAAGCAGAUGGAAGCUCAUAUUAAGAAGCAGUUUCCCAAUGAUACUAAAGCAGUGGAGGAGCUCUUCAAAAUCAUGAAGAUCUGUUCCAAGAAGAUUCAUCUGCUAUGUAUGCUGAAGAUGGUUCCACUCUGGUUUGCUCGUUUCAUACUAUGGAGUGGAAUUGCUGAUUUAAUAUCGCCAAUUUUCCGGUACUCGCGCACUAGUACAACAGACAUGGUCAAGUCUCUUACCAGCAACCAGGACCUCCUCGCAGUGUUUUCUCAAAUAUUUUAUGGCGUUCCACCCAAAAACUCCAGCUGCAUGGUGGAUGCCCUCUUCCUGCACCACUCAAAGCGUGGUGUGUACUAUCCAAAGGGCGGUGCUAGUGAGAUCCCAUAUCACAUUAUCCAGGUUUUGGAGAAGCAUGGAGGGAAGGUCCUCGUAAAUGCUCCUGUGUCCACCAUUCUAGUUGAUGGAAAACAAGGUGCAUAUGGAGUGAUCGUGAAGGCCAGAGGUAAAGAUGUUGAAGUUCUGGCUCCUGUGACUAUUUCUGAUACUGGUGUGUUUUCCACCUUCAAAAAGCUUCUGCGUCCAGAGGUACAAGGAAAUCUGGAGGUCCAAGGCUAUCUGCAUACUCUGAAACCAGGCAAAGGAUUUUUCCAGGUGUUUGCAGGCUUUAAUGCAACUAUGGAGGAACUGGGCAUCUCUUCAACUAAUAUCCGACUUUAUAAGAGCAACAACAUGGAUGAGCUGAUGGAAGAGUACUUCGAUUCAGACAAGGACAUCGCACCUGACAAUGUCCCCAUGAUGUAUGUUUCCUUCCCCUCUGCUAAGGAUCCCACUUCAUGCACCCGUUUCCCAGGGCAGUCACGUAUGGUGAUCCACACUAUGGUCAAUCCAAAGUGGUUUGAACAGUGGAACAAUGUCAAUGAGACUGAAAGGGGAGAAGAAUACGAGAAGUACAAGAUGAGAUUUGCUAAUCAUCUCUUUGACUGGGCUUGUGUCCACUUCCCCAAGCUGAAAGAGAAGUUGGCAAUGUUGCAUGCCGUCACUCCCAUUAACAUGCAUGGGCUGGGGGCCACAUAUGGGUCCAUGCUGUCUGCAGAACACAGUCUGGAGAGAUACCAGCCUCUGAACAUUGCCAUGAUCAGGUGCAACACUCCUGUCAAGAACCUCUACCUGUCAGGGCAAGAUGUUUUCUCUGGUGGUUACUCCGGUGCUCUACAUGGUGGACUUCUCUGUGCUUCAGCUGUUCUGGAUCACUGUCUGUAUAUUGACCUCCUACUCCAGCAAAAGAAACUGAAGAGGAAGGUGGUCAAGAAAGUAGAGUGAGAAUGAGGGAUAACUGUUUUGCUGCACAUUUGUCCCCCGCAACUCUGAAUAAAGACGUGAAUAUUGCACAGUG